AGGAGGAGGAGACGGCGGAGGUGGAGGUGAUGGAGGCGGAGGCGGUGCUGCUGAGCGGCGUGCAUGCGGUGGGGGGCGCAGGGGACGCACUUGGGGCGGCGGCGGCGCGGCGCGCGUUGUGCCAUCACCAGCAGCAGGGGCUGGGCCAGCAGCAGGGACAGCAGCAGGGACAGCAGGGGCAGCAGCAGGGGCUGGGCCAGCAGCAGGCAGCGCUGCAGACGCUGCUAGAGAAGGGCGAGGUAGAGGGGGAGCAGGGCGGGGCUGAGCAGGCGGAGGAGGAGGUAGCAGCGGCGGCGGCGGCAGCAGCGGAGCACAGCUGGCUGCUAGGGCACCCCAGGAGCCCCAGGAGCCGCGACAGGCCCCAGUCCUGCACCGCAGCGCACCCCACCCCCUGCCUGCCCGCCCCCUGCCUGCCCGCCGCUCUCAGUACCACCAGCACCAGCGGCAGUACGGCCGAGUGGGAGGGCGAGGCCGGUCUGGGCCCAGGCGGGGCAGCAGCCGGGUGGCCCGCUAGCCCACUGCGGCCGCUGCUGCCCCGGCGGGGCCCCUCCCUGGACGGCGUCUCCCUGGGGCCCAUGUCGCCCGCAGUACGACACACGCCGGGGCCGGCGGCUGCAGCUCCGCCUGCCGGCACCGCCGCCGCUACACCUACCUCCUUCUCCAGCUGGCGACGGCGGCUGCAUGCCCUGUCCUCCUCCGCUCACUCCCUGCCAGCCGCGGGUAUGGAGCUGGGCCUGUACAACGUGACCGCCGCAGCCCUGGGCGCGUGGGGCAUGCAGCGCAUCUCCGCCAC